GGUUGUACCAUACUUGUACCUUCACUCUUGACAGUAUUAUUGUGGUGUUUGCCCGUAAAGUUCCUCUGUUCUGAUAUACUAGAUUUUUUCAAGUGUUAGGUUAGCUUAACUUCAAAAUGUAUGGGUUUGAGAAUGUCAAUAAAGUUAUGACUUCUAUGGAGGAAUUCCUUGAAGCCUUUCAGCUGUUUGACAGUAGAGGGGAUAACAAGAUACAUAUUUCCCAAAUCGGAGAUGCCCUACGAGCUCUUGGUCAGAAUCCUACAGAGUCUGAUGUAAAAAAGUUUACACAUCAACAUAAGCCAGAUGAAAGAAUCAGUUUUGAGGUGUUUUUGCCGAUCUACCAGGCUAUCUCAAAAGCUCGCUCAAGUGACACUGCUGAUGAUUUUAUAGAAGGUCUUCGCCAUUUUGACAAGGAUGGCAAUGGUUUCAUCUCCUCUGCCGAGCUCAGACAUCUGCUUACAACCUUAGGAGAGAAGUUGACAGAUGAGGAAGUAGAACAACUACUGUCUGGCCAGGAGGACUCACAAGGGAAUGUUAACUAUGAGGAGUUUGUCCGCAUGGUCAUGUGUGGUUAAACAACUGGUUUAUACAUACCUUAUACACAUUGAUUUAUUUAUUUAUUCAGUAAUUUAACACAUGUAUUAGCCUAUUAUAAUUAUUUAUAUAAAUCAUUUCUGGGAUCACUUUGUUUUGGGAUUAAUGCUAUUGAUUUAUAUUAUUUUUUUAUAUUAUAAAUUUUUUACACAGUUUUGAAAUUACAAAUGUUGUGUUAUAAGUACAAAUAAAUUCAGAAACACCUA